GGCGGGCGGGGCGGUGACGCGGCGGCGGCGGCGGCCGGUCGGUCCCAGCAGCCCCAGCGCUGCCCGCAGUGACGGGCGGACAAAGGGGCGCCGCGGCAGCCGGCACCAGCGGCCCCGGGCGGAAUUGCCAAAAUGCUUUGGAAUUCUUAAACGAUUCAAAAGCUGAAGUCUCUGAGGAUACAAAAGCAUAAGAACACAAGAAGCAGCAAGGAGGAUUCAGUGCCAAUGCAGCAACAAAAAAGACAGCCAGAGUUAGUGGAAGGAAAUCUUCCUGUUUUUGUUUUUCCUACAGAACUUAUAUUUUAUGCAGAUGACCAGUCAACACACAAGCAGGUGUUGACUCUAUAUAACCCCUAUGAGUUUGCCUUAAAAUUCAAAGUUCUUUGUACAACUCCAAAUAAAUAUGCGGUGGUGGAUGCUACUGGUGCAGUGAAGCCUCAGUGCUGUGUUGAUAUUGUGAUUCGUCACAGAGACGUUCGGGCUUCUUACUAUGGUGUCAUAGAUAAAUUCCGUCUCCAAGUGUCUGAGCAGAGCCAGAGGAAAGCACUGGGGAAAAAGGAGAUUAUUGCUACUCUGCUUCCAUCUGCAAAGGAACAACAACAACAAAAGGAAGAGGAGGAAAAACGAAUAAAAGAACACCUGGCUGAAAGUGUCUUUUUUGAGCAGACUUUGUGUCAACCAGAAAACAGAACUGCCUCGUCGGGACCUAGUUUACUCACAGUCUUCCUUGGAGUGGUGUGUGUUGCAGCACUAAUGCUACCUACAUUGGGGGAAAUGGAAUCCCUGGUGCCUCUCUACCUCCACUUAAGUGUGAAUCAAAAGUUAGUAGCUGCUUAUGUUUUAGGUCUCAUCACCAUGGUUAUUUUGAGAACAUGAGCAAUGAGUUCAUAGGAUGUCAAACACCUUACUGUAUAUUCACAUCAUGAAUGUGGACUGCCUUUUACUCCCAUUUGGCUCAUUAAGAUGCUAGCAAAACUGUUCAGUGAUUUAAGAUACCUUCAGAAGUGUAAUAUAUUUUAACUGUGUAUAAUAAAUGAAAGACUCAAAGCACUUGGCGGUGCUUCUGUAACAGACAGCUAUGAAAUGUUCAGUGAUACCUGUGAAAAUAAUUUGAAAAAACUUUUAUAUCUAUGCCUACUGUAAAAAAUCCUUAUUAAAACAACAUUUGUUAUUUUUAGUCUAUGUUCACAUCAGUGCGUGAUCACUAUAAAAGCAAACUGUCUCCUGUAAAAACGCUCAUUUGGUUUGUGGUUGUACCUGCUGAGGCUGGCACAUAACACUUCUGUAUAUACAUACCAAGGGGUGAGAGUCGGGACUGAUCAUUGAAGAAAAUGAAAAAUUCCAUCAGUGGAACUAUGAAAUAAACCAUGAAUUUUAGGUGAAGAAGUAAUUCUCAAAUUUCUUACUUCAUCAUUACCAAUAUAUCGUUGAGUGCUCAUUUUCUUACCUGGGGAAAUAAUUUCUUGCAACAGUCAUUUUGUACCACAAUUACUAGACAAUAAAACCAAGUUCUGUAAUCAGAUCCUUCAUUUCUUAGGGAUGCAUGGAAGUGGCAUUAAUGGAAGCUGAACUCAUACUAAUACAAAAUUAAUAAUUUUCUCUAUUUUAGAGACCAAACUAAGUGAAAUAGCAAAGGCAUUUCUCUACAUCCCUCCCCCCACAGCUACCACAGGAACUUCUUUUCUAUCAGAAACUCCUGCUUAAAUGCCAGUUUCAUAUUUGAGGUGAACAUUAAUCUUGUUUCAUACAACAAGUAUUUCCCUUUAUUUGACAUUUCAUUGUCGAGAUGUUAAUUCUAAAAGGGCAGCUAUUACUGCAUCGGAUUCAUACAGACAAAUCUUUGUUUGUAAGAAGUCUAUAGAGUAUGCUCUGAUAUGAAUAAUAAAGUUUGGAAAUCAAA